CCGGCCGCCGAGCCUGAGGCUCCACCACUCAAGCUCCUUCCAUCCCUUCCUUCGUCGGGAUUCAUGGUAGUACCAAUGCUAGCGGCCGCCGGUCUUGCCACCCGCGGAUUACGGUAGUGGUGGCCAGUCAGACAUUUAUAUGAUCACAGUUGCACGAGAAAUGUUUCUUGUGACGAGAAGGGGAUAGAGAUCAAAGAGCCAUGGAAGUGCAGAGAAUAUAAGCUUGUUGCUGGUUUCAGCGGCUAGCAUCCGAAUGGCGCUCCCUUGGCCUACGCUCUUUUUACCAUUGACCUCUUUCCUGCUCUGCCGGUGAAAUAUUGUGUUCACAGUGCCAGUGCCUUCCUCCCUGCCCGUGGUUCUGUAUGUUUGCCCCUACUCUCCAACAACUAGUCUGCCAAUGCGCCGGUAUAUAAAACCGGGCUCCCAGUUACCGGUAGUAUUCUUGUUUCCCGAACCCCUCUCCCGAGCUUGUCGGUGCCGAUUACGGUGCCUGUGCGAAUCCCCACUUGCAAAGUCUCCCCGAAUCCCGCCAACCUUCUCACACUUGCCAGUCCAUUGGCAUUUUUUUUUGCCGCCAUGGAUGUCCAGGAUCACCACCCGCUCACGCUCCGCCAACGGAUUGGCCUGUUCAACCCAAUGUUGGCGUUUUUAACAGUUUUCGUCUCUUUGGCUGCCUUCAAUUUUGGGUACGUCCCCCCCCCAUCUCUGUGCCUGCAACUUGAUUGGUUGACUAGCCCUCCCGGCAGGUAUGAUGUGGGGACAUUUGGAGGUGUGCAGGGCAUGAAAGGUAUCGCAAAACCCAAAAAAUCACCUCUCUGAUCUCGACUUGACCCUGACAGCUGCAUAGCCUUUGCUCAAAAGUUUGGACGAUACGAGGAGGAUGCAAAAUUAUGGGCGCUUCCUGCCUACCUGUCGUCCAUCAUGACUUCUACCCCUUUCCUGGGAAAGCUCAUGGUACGCCUUCUCAUGUGUCCCUCCUGUGAGGCCCUAUGGGUGACGGUUCUGAAGAUGAAUAAAUAGGGGACCCUGUCUUGCGGGCCGGCGGCUGAACGUUACGGAAGGAAAAUUGCUAUCAUGAUGCUCGCCUGCAUCUCGCUCGUGUAGAGUUUCUCCCCCUUCUACUCGGGAGACCGGCUCUAACCCUGUGAUAGUGGGGUCACUCUCCAGGUGGCCGCGACGACCGCAGCACAGUUUACCGUUGGCCGAGUUAUUAAUUUUGCAAUGACCGGUUUCACCAUAGUUGUUAUCCCCAUAUUUCAGUCAGAAUGUGCCCCACCCGCACUGCGUGGGAUGAUAUCUGCAACCCUGCAAUUACAAAUCGGCUUCGGUCAGCUGGUUGCCUCUUUGGUGAAUUACGGGACUAAAGGCAUGGACGGCGAUGCCAGUUGGUUGAUCCCAACGGGGCUGCAGCUAGUUGUCCCUGUCAUCAUCCUGGGACUACUCCCGAUGCUCCCGGAGUCACCUAGAUGGUAAAUACUUCCACCGGGAUGGGGUGAGGAUGACGCUGACUAGAACAGGCUCAUGGCUAGGGGGAGGAAGGACGAGGCCUUGAAGGCGAUGGUGAAGCUAAGGAAGAAGGGUGUCCCUAUCGAGCUGCUGCAGGAGGAAAUGGAGCUGCUUGCUUCCUCCGAUACAAACCAGGGCAAAGGGACAUGGAAAGAAAUUUUCCAGGGGGUAAAUAGGGUAAUUAUCUGUCCCUGUCAACCUACUUAUUUUUCCCGCGUCUCAGCUGAUAACGCGUUUAGAGACGAACAACUAUCGCUGUUACGGCGAUGUUUUUUCAACAAAUAACUGGUCAAGCAUUUGUUUCACAGGUAGUCAUCCUUUAUUAGGUUGCGACGAGUGACGCCCAUGAACUAAUAAUAUCUUCGAUCAGUAUGCUGUAAUCUUCUAUCAGCGCCAGAAGAUCCCUAACCCCUUCGGAAUGAGUGUCAUCCAAACUGUAGUCGGUCUUGUAACCGUUACCUUCACUUCAUUGGUAGUUGAUUCCUUCGGGAGAAGGUGAUCGGAUUACUCCCUCGAUACAUUCGUCAGAGGUCCUAAGGCUAACGGUGAUCAAUUUAGGCCUAUUCUGCUUACCGGUGCUUCUUUCAUGGCCCUUUUCCUCUUCAUUCUCGGAGGUGUUGGUACGAGUCACAACCCAAGUACCACGCAGAAGAACGCUAUGGUGGCCUCCAACAUUCUCUUUGGAGCUUCCUAUGCGCUCUCCUGGGCACCCCUUUCCUACACCAUCCUGGGCGAGACUGCCACAUCACGCCUCAAGGAAAAAACAAACAAUCUUGCCACAUCCAUCAGCGUCAUAACCACUUUUGUGGUCUCAUUCACUCUUCCGUAUCUUCUUAACCCGCCCUAUGCUGCCCUUGGCGCUAGAGUAGGCUUCAUUUAUGGAAGCAUCAGCGCUAUCAGCGUGGUGGUCACGUGGCUCCUGAUUCCUGAGAUGAAGGGCAGAAGCUUGGAGGAGGUUGACGAAAUGUUUGAGAAGAACAUUGCAGUUAGGCGGUUCCGAGAUUACCAAAGCAGUGGAACAGGCGGAGUGACUACCAGGGAAGACAGCGUGGGGUCCGAAAUAAGUAGCAAGAGCUCCACCAAUGCUGCUAGCCAUGCAGUUUAA